UACAGCCUCACUAUGGAUCCCAACGAGGCUGGCAGGGGUGAGAAGGAGAAGGAAAAAGAGAAAGACAAAGUGAUAAAGAGAAGGAUCCGGCCUGUGUUCCUGCGUUACCUGGAGAGGAGAAAGACGGACACUAUUGUGGCUGAGGACUCGGCCAAAGGUGACAUCAACCUGGGGACACUGGUGAGGAGGUGUCAGUCUGACAAGACGGAGUACAGCGCCAAACUUAAAGAGAAAAUGACACCACACGACCUGUCCACACCCCCCUCUCCAGCACUGGACCCGGAGGAAGUCCGUUUAAGGAAGAUGAACCGCAGGGCAAAGGUCAUUCAGGAGCUUGUGCAGACUGAAAAGGAUUACCUCACAGACCUGGAGCUGUGCAUCAGAGAGGUGGUCCAGCCUCUAAGAAAUUUGCAGGUAGAUGUUGUGGAUGUAGACAGGUUGUUCACCAACACAGAGACAUUGUGUGAGGUAUCGGCAGCACUCCUUCACAGACUGCAUGAGGCUAUUGCUGACCCUGAUCCAGAGGCAGUUGUCAUAGGAGAAAUAUUCAUCCAGGCAAAGGAAGCUUUAGAAGAUGUAUAUAAGAUUUACUGUUACCAUCAUGAUGACGCCAACAUGGCACUCAAAUCCUACGAGAAAGAUGAAGAAAUAAAACAACAAUUCACCACGUGUGUAUUAUCUCUGAAGAAAAUCUACGACCAAGAAGGGAAACCCAACUUGCUGAACAUGGGUUCACUGCUCAUCAAACCGGUUCAGAGGAUCAUGAAGUACCCGCUGCUGCUCGGGGAGCUGUGGCAGGCCACACCUGAAAACCACCCAGACUUUCAACCACUGCAACAGGCAUACACUGCUGCCAAGAUCAUCAAUGUUAACAUCAAUGAGUUCAAGAGACGCAAGGAUAUUGUUAUGAAGUAUAAGAGGUUGGAAGAUGAAGGCACAUUGAGGGGCAAACUACACAAGUUUAACAUCCACUCUAUCCGGAAGAAAGGCGACAGGUUUGCUGGCUAUCUCAAGAUCCUCACUGGAGUUGAACCGCAGGUAAAAGAUGAAGUAUUUGACAGAGAGGAGAAGCUGUUCAGGAGUCUGGAGAAGGCUGUGAGGCAGUUGGCAAAGAAUGUUCAAUGUUACCUGCAGCACACUCAGGAGAUGGUGUCUGUGGCUGUUCAGAAAGUCCAGGACAUGGAGAACAUCAUUAAGGAUACAAACAAAAAUGACACAAAUGGCUCAUUGCCCAGUAAUGGAAAUGACCCCUAUAAGCACUUUAAAGACAGUAUGGAGCACCUGGUCCUCGCCCCUCUGUCCUCCCUGCAAGGCAUGUUCACAGCCCCACAGAAGCUCAUCCAGAAGCGUUAUGACAAAUUGCUGGAUUACUGCAGCCGCCUGGAGCGCUCUUCCUCUUUUUCAUCUCAGUCCUCGUCAUCCACCGCUUCUUCCUCUCCUUCACUGGUGUCAGAAGACCCGUCUGGUCCCGCCAGGAGGGACUAUGAAGCUCUCAAUGCCUUGCUAGUGGAAGAGUUGCAGAGGUUCAACAUGGCCGCCUAUACUAUCCUGACCAACUGUGUGGUGUAUCUAGUGGCCCUGCUCAGAGGGCUGAUGGAUAAAAUACUACUUCGUGUCCCAUCCAUACAUCAGCUACCAGCUCCGUUGUCAAACAUUGCUGAAGUGCAGAACAGCAUCAUGGAUGAGCUGAACAAUCUGACUUUUGUCAAGGAUAACGCACAGAAGUUAAUGGAGCGAAAAGUCAGCUUUGAGAGACAACGAGACAAGAAAAUAAUGCCGGAGGUCCAGCAUCAAACUGAGGAACAGCGCGCCUGGCUGCUGGCAGAAUACCCACCAAGCCGUCUGUACCAGCUGAAGAGGAAGUGUAAUGGCUGCCAGGAGCAGGACCUUAGCCUGCUGGAGGGAGAGCUGGUAGCCCUGCUGGAGGACACAGACCCAUUAGGCAGCAGCAGCCGCUGGCUGGUUCACACUGGAGGUACCCAGGGCUAUGUCUACUCCACAUUCUUGAAACAGUACAACCCUCUGAGGGACUCCCAGCGAAAAGGCCAGAUGGCCAAAGAGCAGCAACAGCAGCAGCCGCCUGCCAUGGUGGAUGAAGACUUUGACGACCUUAGCCUGUUUGUGUCAGGCAGUGGCAGCAGCAGCCUGCGCAGCUUUAACCUCAACACCACUGACAGCAGCUCAACCCUCUCUGGACUACAGGGGGAGCCAGAGAGCCCCGAAGACCUGGAGGACACACUGGACACUGAGGCUCAGCAGUUCUAUGCCGUCUAUGCAUUUCAAGCACGCUGUGACCAGGAGCUGACCUUGCAGGAGUACCAGCAUGUCCGCAUCAUUCAGUUCUGUGACCUGGGAGGCAAUAAGGAUUGGUGGUUAGCUGAGGCUAACGGACAGAAGGGAUAUGUCCCUGCCAACUACCUUGGCAGGAUGUCCUAUGCAUAA